AUGAAUCAUACUCCGACACCAACUACUCCUGCUUCUGCAUCAAUACCGAUUGAUUUUUCACAGAUACCCAUAGAUGCAUUGGAGCAAAUACGAAAUAGAUUGAAUCAAAUCCAUUUGUCCUUAAGAAAAUUAGUUGAGCAAAUCAAUGGACAUAAUAGACAUCCUUCAAAGAUCAAACUACCCACAUAUAUACAUUUCCAAAAUCAAUUUCAGGUGUUAAUUACUCAACUAACCUCAAUAGCGAAUGUCUUAUAUCAAAAUGAAGAUGUACUAUCCAAAACCAAUGUAUAUCCUACAACAAAUUUUCCGACAAGUCAGCAUGAAGGAUUAUUGACUACGUUACUUAGAAAGAAGCCCUUACCGGAAAUAGAUGAAUGGAUCAGUUCGUCCUUAGCCACAAUAGAUGAAAUCACGAAGCAACAACAGAAACCUAUUGAUUUUGAGAAAAAUGAUGAGUUCAAUGCAUGGUGUUUGAUGAAGAUUCAAAAUUUGAAAGAAGAUUAUCAAUUUUAUGGGUUUCAUACAAUUGAAGAGUUGAAUUACAUGGAAACUCCAGAAGGUAAAGCUGAAGCAAAGAUUAAAAAGGAUCGUGAGAAUGAAAGAGAAGAAAUUGAGUAUAAAAUUACUCUAGGCGGUAAGAAAGGUCUACAUCCGAAUCAAGUUAUGAAAUUUUUGUGUCAAGGUCAAAUAUGA